AUCGUCGCCGUCGUCGCCCACAACGUAGAGCACAAUGUCGACCAGCGGGCUCAAAGCUAUCGCCCCCGUGCCAACGGCGGCCGACUUCUUGGACAUCGUCCUGUCCAAAACCCAAAGAAAAACGCCGACGGUUAUCCAUAAGAACUUCAAGAUUAGUCGGAUACGAAACUUUUAUAUGAGAAAAGUCAAGUUCUGUCAGGAUGCCUUCGACGAAAAGCUUGGUGCAAUCUUGUCCGAGUUCCCUAUACUCGAUGACCUCCACCCUUUCCUGUCGUCGUUGAUGAACGUCUUGUACGAUAAGAACCACUAUAAACUUGCUCUCGGUCAAUUGAGAACCGCAAGACACUUGAUUGAUCAAGUAGCCAAGGACUACGUUCGUCUAUUGAAGUUUGGCGACUCUCUUUACCGAUGCAAGCAGCUGAAGAGGGCUGCCCUUGGUCGAAUGGCAACGAUCAUGCGACGACAAAAAGAUCCCUUGGCCUACCUCGAACAAGUCAGGCAACACAUUUCCCGUCUCCCCGCAAUCGACCCCAACACCCGUACCCUCCUCAUUUGUGGAUACCCCAACGUCGGAAAGUCAUCCUUCAUCAACAAGGUCACUCGCGCCGAUGUCGACGUCCAACCCUACGCUUUCACCACGAAAUCUCUCUUCGUCGGACACUUGGACUACAAGUACCUUCGAUGGCAGGUCAUCGAUACCCCUGGUAUCCUUGAUCACCCUUUGGAAGAGAUGAACACCAUUGAAAUGCAGAGUAUCACUGCUCUCGCCCAUCUCAAGGCUUGCAUUCUCUACUUUAUGGAUCUUAGCGAACAGUGUGGCUACACCGUCGAAGCCCAGUGCAAACUCUUCCACUCCAUCAAGCCCCUCUUCGCCAACAAGCCCGUCAUGCUCGUUAUCAACAAGAUCGACGUGAUGAAGCUCGACGACCUCCACCCCGACAACCGCGCCCUCGUCCAAGAAAUCAUCGACUCUGAAGGCAUCCAAUGCGUCCAAAUCUCGACCUUCUCCGAGGAGGGCGUCAUGGACGCCAAGAACAAGGCUUGCGACGCUCUCCUGGCUCACCGUGUCGACACGAAGAUGAAGGGCAGCAAGAUCAACAGCAUCGUCAAUCGUAUUCAUGUUGCGCAGCCCAAGCCCAGAGAUGAUGUCGUGCGGGCACCCUUCAUCCCUGACGCUGUGAAGAACAGGAAGAAGUACGACAAGGACGAUCCUGACAGGCCCAGGUUGCUCAGGGAUGAGGAGGCUGAAGAGGGAGGUGCUGGCGUUUACAACAUCAACCUCAAGAGGGACUACAUCCUUGCCAACCCGGAGUGGAAGUUCGAUGUCAUGCCAGAAAUCAUGGACGGCAAGAACAUCGCCGACUUUAUCGACCCCGACAUCGAAGAGAAGCUUGAGGCUCUCGAGCGUGAGGAGGAACGCUUGCAGGCUGAAGGGUUCUACGACAGCGAGGAAGAAAUGUUCGACUCUGACGACGAGCGUGAAGCCGCCGAAGCCAAGUCCAAUCUCGAACACAAAAUCAUCUCUCAAAGCGUCAAGAAAGCCAAAAAGAACCAAGCCCGCCUACCCCGCACAGCCGGUCUGCGCACACUCACCGAACUUACCGACGAGCUCACAAAAGCUGGUUACGAUCCUUCGCGUAUCCAAGAGCGGGCGGAGAUGUUGGCCAAGUUGCAGGGUGCCAAGCGGAAAAGGCAGAGAGAGGAGGAUGACGAUGUCGAGAUGGGCGAUGCUAGUAAUGGGGAGGGCAGUGAGGCGAACUGGGAGGAUGAGGCUAUGGAUGUGGAUGGUGGUGCUUCGAGGAAGGCGGUUAAGAAGCUUAAGACGAAUUCGGGAGGUGUCACGGUUAGUAGGAGGGAGCCUCGUUCCGAUAGGUCUAUGGCUGGUCUCAAGAAUGAGGAGCAAUACAAGAAAGCCGUUCAACUCCGUAACCUUGGUCAACGACCACGCAAUAUGCAGGCCAAGGCUGGUGAAGGUGAUCGCCAUAUCAGAACUAAAAUGCCCAAGCAUCUCUUUGCUGGCAAACGAAAAGGAGGCAAGACCGACAGAAGAUAA